ACAAUUGUUUACUAAGAAAUGGUAUAUAAAUGAUACGUAUAUUACAACAAACGUACACUAAUAAGGGAAUAUACGUUCACUAAAGGUCCUAACAAAAAGGAUGAUGUGUAUCCGGACAUAAAGAUACAGAUGUAGUAUAGUGAUUACCUCAUCUUAAACCACAUGCCAUUAGUAAUAGAUAAUAAACAAUUAGCCGGUACUCCUUCACAAUGAAUGUUUUCAUCGAGGAUAAAGAACUUAAAUGAACUUGAAAUAUUUUGGGAAGCAACAUAUAUAAAACCAAAUAAAAGUAAAUAUUUUGAUAUCGGAUUUUAGACUUGGAUAAUAAAGAUGUGGAUUGAAAAACUGACGGUAGUCGUUGUUUGUCUUGGCUGUUGUAUACAUGGACAGCGAGAUCGAAUUGACGUUAAAAACGAUCUGACAAUUGAUCAGGUUAUACUUGGAGCAAUGGGCGGUACAAACAGAGUUGCAGCUAGCAUGACUUUACCUGACCCAAACAGGACACUCGCUGAAUUGGAUAUGGUUUUAACAAAGAAACAAUAUGAUUCAAUGUAUGGUAACUCUACCAGAACAAAAAGAAAAGCUGUUAGCGACGAAACUGUUUACUGGACACGUGGUCAAGUUCCAUACAAGUUUGCACCUAAUCAUUUCAGUGCAUAUGAGCAAUGGAUGUUAAAAGUAGCAAUGAGAGAGUGGGAGAAGUUUACAUGUGUUCGAUUUCACGAAGCCCGUCAAUCGGAUUCAAACUAUGUCUACUUUCAAGAUGGAUUAGGAUGCAAUUCUCAACUUGGUAUGGUUGGAGGCGGGCAAAUUCUUAACCUAGACAAAGGCGGUUGUAGAUUUAAAGGCUUAUAUCUACACGAAAUUGCACAUGCUCUUGGAGUAGUUCAUGAGCAUCAACGUCCUAUACGUGACAACUACAUCACUAUUCUUUAUCAAAACGUAGAACCAAGCAUGAAAAUAUGGUUUCAGAAGUACAAUCCAGCUGCUAUAAAAAGUCAUAAUGUAGAUUAUGAAUUAUCUUCCGUUAUGCAUUAUGGAGUUAAGGCUUUUUCUGGGAAUCAACAACAAACAAUCCGUGCCAAAGAUCAAACAAGAGAAAGUGAAAUUGGCCGGGUGUAUGCCAAAGAAUUGUCCUUCACUGACGUAGAAAUAGUAAACAGAAUGUAUAAUUGUGUUAAAGAAACUUCAGAGUGUGGUGGUGUGACCUGUGCAGGAAAGGGUUAUCUUGAUCAGAAUUGUAACUGCAUAUGCCCUGAUGGGUCACAAGAAUGUACCAGCGGAACAACACGGGAUACAUCUGUUAGAAAUAAUGCAAGGACCGAUAGAGAAAACUGGCAGUGUUACAUAUGGUCACGACAAGGUGAAUGCCAAAGGAAUCCAGGUUAUAUGAAUUCCAACUGUGCAAAAGCAUGCGCUCAAGAAAAGAAAAACGCACAAGGACAAAAUGGUUUGUGCGAAAACACAUACGAUGAUGCCACUUGUGACAAAUGGAAGAAUGAAGUUGGUGAUUGUAGAGUUGCUGAACAUUUUAUGAGAAAGAACUGUAGAAAGACUUGUGGUUAUUGCAAUGACUUCACCGCUAACCGUACACCUCCACAGACCCAGUGUAUGAAUGCUCAUACUAAUGACACGGCUUGUGAAGUAUGGGGCAGGAAAGGAGAAUGUAUUAUAAAUGACAGAUGGAUGCCACUGAACUGUAGAAAGGCGUGCUUUACAUGUCCAUUUGAUGAACAAACUGUUAAUACAGUCAAACCAUCAGGGUCAACUACUCCUACACGAAGACCAAUGACAACUCGGCCACCAACUAGACCUCCUGUUAUCACCACACAACCAACAACUAGAAAACCAGUCGAUGAUUGUGUCAACCGUUAUCCAGAUAAAGAUUGUGAUGUUUGGGCACGGUACAAACAUUGCACAAUAAAUCCCACUUUUAUGGAAGCUAAUUGCAUGCGUUCCUGUAAGGUAUGCCAGGAUAACGAUGGUAGAGUUGGCGUUACAAAAAAUCCAGUCAUAAGUAACUGUAAAGACACAUGGACAAGUCCCGAAAUGUGUCCGAUCUGGGCAGAACAUCAACAUUGUGUCAUUAAUCCAAGUUUCAUGCUGAAACGCUGUGCAAAGUCUUGUAGAAGAUGUACAACAGGUUUAAGGCAAGCCGCAGAACAAGUCGUUCAAGAAAACACAGAGAACAAUGCAAGAACACUCAUAGGAACUCUUUAUAGUUUAUCUUUGAUGCUUUUAUUUUUAUUCAUUGUUGUUUAAUAAAAAUAUGUAUGUAUAUAUCUUGAAUAUUUUAUCCUGUAUUAGCAUUCUAGUGUACAAAUAAUAGACACACAAAUAAAUGCUAGCUUUACUUGAAUAAAUAAAGUCUUCUGUUACACCGCUUCCAUAUAAAAGAAACGUUAAUGUGAAUAUUUUGUUUUUUGUGUGACAGUUCAUUGUGGGGUCUUGUUCAGGCUCAAACUUUGUCAAUUUCUUUGAAAAAAGCAGAGACAACUAUUUUGAUUUAAAAAACAAAACCUUAAAGUGCAGGGUGUAAAUACAGGAUAAAAAACAAAAUGUGUACAUUGUCUUACACCCCAGUUCUAUUGUUAUACUUCAUAAUUUCUAUUUCUGAAACAAGUGUGAAUUGAAUAGAUCUAUUGUUACGAAAAACAAUGGAUUUUGACCACAGGGUGUGACGAGCGGGGUUUCUGGAAACCCCUGCUUCUACAUCCCGCAAACAAAGUCCAUUGUUAUUCGUAACAAUAGAAAUUGAUUAUGAACAUAAGAAAUUACUAAUAGUGUUCACUUCAAAUUGUUUCAUGAUAUUAAAAAAAAACACAUUUUAGGAAAUUCCAAUAAGCAUCUAUAUGGAAUACAAAAAUAAUCCUUCAAAUACUUUUUUGCUUGAAGGUAAUUUUUUUUUAUCCCAGUCAUAUGGUCUCUAUUCUAAAGCAUUGAUCUUUAAAAAAAGAAUUGGGAUUCUAGCUCCCGGACCCCCCUCCCCCGGUUACCCAGUGGCCGAUCCGGGGUUGGGGGUUCCGCGGGUUGGACCCGACUUUUAUUUAAAAGAUCAAUGCAUUUGAAUGGUUGGGCCCCCCUUUCUCUUGAGUUGGGAACCCCCGGCUGGAUCAGCCCCUGAUUGCCCCCCCAAAAAAAGGGGUAGUUCCUCAAUAUUAAAUAUUGUAUGUUGAGCGUGUCUGGUAGUCGGGUUUCUAAUGCAGACACACCUAUUCCUUAGUAUGUUCGAAUAUGAAUCGGUUUGUUUAUUCUCGAGAUGAGGGGGGGGGGGGGGGAUUUCGUUUUUGAUAAAAUCAUAAGAUAUAAAAUACAGUUAUGAUUACCUUUAUUAGACUGAUACAGGUAAGUACUUUGGGUUAUAAUAUUGCCUUUAUCUUUAGUCUCUUCUACCAAAUCCAACGCUUGCCACAGAAUGUCGUCCGUCUUAUACCCGUCCAUAUUGACAACUGUAUACCAGGAGCAUGAUGUAAUUUUUUGUUUGUAAUAAGAAUACACGAAACAGUCAACCUUGACCUGCUGAUCCAUAUUAGCACAUGGAUUUAACGUGAAUAUGCAAAACAACUUUGACAUUUGUAAAAUAUACUCACUUGUCAAAGUUUGAACAAAGAUAGCCAAAGAAAGGUUACUAGUGGGGUUUCAUGUAAUAAAAAAAUAUUCUUAUAAAUCAUGGUUUGAUAUUAUCAAUAAAUAUGCUAUCGUUUUUUUUUUCGGGAUACGGUGUGUCUGGAUAAGAAACCCCUCCGGCCUCCGGCCGACGGGGUUUCUUAUCCAGACACACCUAUCCCUCGGUGUAUAACUAUUACGGAGAUAUGAAAUUUAUUUGUACUCGCUAGGAAACAGGAAAAAGUUCAGCGAGUCAUGAAAACCUCGUACAAACAAUUAUCAUAUUUUCCGACAAUGGACAUAUACUGUAUAUAUAUUGCUAUCAUUGACUAAUUUAUCUUUGGUGCUGUUAUUGUUAUUGAUUAUUGUUUAAUAAAAUAUGUAAAAUUGUAAAA